AUGGAUUCGGUAACUCUUCAGUUCCCAAUACUAUUGACAGCCGCCGCCGACGAGGAGGAGCCGCCAGAAACGGCUGCGGAGCUCAAAGACGACAUUCUCGAAGAAAUCCUGUCAUGGUUGCCGGCGAAGUCGGUUUUCCGCUGGAAGAGCGUGAGCAAACCUUGGCAGCAGAUGCUGGAUAAGCCCCAAUUCGCGAGAAUCCAUUUCUCUAGGGCUUCGGUUUGCCCUCUCCUCGUCUCCGGCGGGAAAUCGGUCUGCAGAUCCUGCCGAAUCAUGCAUCUGGUGGAGGGGCGGAGCGUCUCCGAUCUCGAUUCAGGAGCCUUCAAUUCGAGGCUGAUCUCGCGAUUCGACAUCCGGACCCGCGCCGCGGCGGAGCCGUCGAAGGUGAAGGACGUUUUCCACGGCCUGAACACGAACGCCACCUCCUGCGAGGGUUUGCUCUGCUGGACGGCGUACGAUCAGAACCGCGGCGACUGCAUCAUCGUCUGCAACCCGAUCACCGGCGAAUACGUCUCCCUCUCAUCUUCGCCGAUGGACGAGGAUGAGAUUUACGCCUUCGUGGGGAUGGGGUACAGUCGGGCGACGAAGAGAUUCGAGCUUCUGAGAAUGGCGGCGAGAGCGGAUGACAUGGAGGAAGAUAUGGUCUUCUGGCCGGAGAUCCGCUCGGUGGGGGGCGGCGACGGCAGCUGGAGGCGCGUCGGCGGCGGGACGUGUCAGCUGGUUCUUUGCCGCACGAUUUCGCAGGUGGUUUAUGUCUGUGGAGGCGUGUACUGGAGCUACGAUGGGUACUCGGUUAUCUGCUGCUACGAUUUCGAUAGGGCUCUGUUUCAAGUUGUGGCAUUGCCUAAAAUGAGCCUCUCUAUGCUCGAAACCAACAGCAUUGCCUCAAAGAGCAUGAGUUUGGGGGUCUUGGAUGGUGCCCUCUGCGCGUCUCUGGUUUGCCCCGGCGAUGGCCACGUGGAGCUCUUCGUCUUGGAGAGUGGCGGCGCAGGGCUGCAGUGGAGGAAGCUCUACGAUGUUGAGACCAAGACGACGUAUCUGGAGCACGCCGGUGUCCUGUGGCCUCGAGGCCAGUACAAGGCGAUCAAGUACCUGAGCCGCGGGGAGAUCUUGAUGCACGACUGGAGGGGCAAGUUUCUGAUCUACGAUCCGAUCACCAAGGAGGAGAGGCACGUCUGCGUGCUCGAGGAUUCGCGCCUUGAGGAGGAUCUGAGGAACGACGGGGUUGAUGAUCUGCAAGUCGUGUCUCAUGUGCCGCGCCUUGGGAGGUUGAAGGAGGCCCUGAAUGUGGGCGAGGAGGAAGUGCAGGUGAUGAAGGCCUUGAAUUUGUAUGAUGAAGAGGAAGCGCAUGUGAUGGAGGAGAGGUCGCCUGAAGUUGAGGAAGAUGAAUAA